UGUACUUUAUUUUGCACAUCGCAAGUAUGCAAACAAGUAAGAAAGAGAUCGGAAACUUUGAUUUUUCUGGCAGUGAAGAAGCAGAAAACAGAGUGUCCAAGGAGGAUGGCACUCAUGUGGAGGUCAACAAGGACAGCCCGCCUCAAGGAGAAGAGCAAGAUGGAGGGCGGAUCUCCAAGCUGGAAAGAGAGUUGUUGGCGUUGGUCAUCGACAUUCAAACUGAAGCUGAUGCGAAAGAAUCAAUGAGAAGGUCAGAAUUGGAGGAAGCUCGCAGGAUCAGGGCUGAGAUGCUGCAGAAAGAAGCCAAGUUCAGCCAGGAGAAGUUCGAGGAGAUCUCUGGCAGGUGGUCGCUGGCUGAGCAGACUGAGAUCCCUCAGGUCUUGCAAGAAACCUUGACCUGGCAACAGUUGUUAUGUGCAGAGGUCAUUGAGGACAAGAAGAAAGUCAUCAAAGAUCUGCAGCAGGAGUUGAAGAGUGAAGAUGAUCGCUACGUGAAGGACUUGAGGAAGCAGGCGGAGGAGAUGGACACGAUGACCAAGCGCUCAGAGAAGCUCAUCAGUACGCUGACACAGGCCUACAGGGAAGAACUAGCCCAGAUUGAGAGCGUGUACCAGCAGGAACACGAGGUCUUGCUGACAAAAGAGUGCAGCGAAUGGGAGCACUGCGUCAAGGAACUGUGGGACAAACAGCAAGCCAGGCUGACGGAGAGGAGGCGGACCGUGGAGGAGUACGAAGCGAAAAUACACAACCUGAUGAUGGAUCCCGAACACAAGUGCGACGCCAUGAGGGCAGAACACGAUGCAAAGUUUCAGGGCCUGGAGAGGGAACGUCAGCAGAUGCUGGCUGACAGCAUGAUCAGCAACAUACAGCACAUGAAACUCAAAGAUGGCCGGGAGCCAUACAACUUGGCCCACAUGAAGAGCAGAAUCACCAGUCUGCAGACUGAGCUGAAAACCCUGAGGAGCAAAUACACGAGUCAGCAGAAAGAGUCGGAGAAGCGGAGCAGGCGCUUGUCGGACGACUACAAACGCAGCGUGGAGCAAUAUGAACGCAUGCAGCUGAGAAUCAAACACUUCGCCGUGGCUGACGCCAAGCACUUUGAGGAAACAUGGCGGAUGCUGGACAAGGAGGUCAGGGAGCAGGCGGAGAAGGCCGUCCGCCUUGACUCGCUGAUAUGCAAGCAGCACCUUGGUCUUGCCUGGGAGAGGCCUCGAGGAUCCUUGGCGACGCAGACUGACGGCUCUUGUGGGAUGAGUGCAGAGGAGGAGGAGGAGAUCUCCAUGGCGACACUGAAAGAACUCAUGGAGAUGCUAUGCGAAGAGUUGGGCUUCCUUGUUGAGGACAAAGUCCAGCUGCUGUCUACUUUGGAUAAGAAAGAAGAGACGGUUGUGAAGCUGGAUGCUCUUUUUAGUGCUCUCGGCAUAGAAGAGGAGGACAUGCCCAAGUUGGCUGACUUCCUGCUAAAAGAGCAGCAGCAGGAGCCAGUUAAGGAUAUUCAUGCCAGGACACGAGGAGGUGCCACCAGUUCAUCAUCUAGUCUGACCUCGGACCUCAUCCAUCCUAGCCACAUCCUGCCUGCUCUGAAGAACUUCCUCAAGCAUCACAGCCGCUUCAGGAGCUCAGCCUGUGAGCACCCUCGUUACUGGAGUGCUGACAUGUGGGAUUCUUCAGCCGAUCAAACCCAUUGGGAGAGUCUGGCCAACAUCAUCCCCAAGGACAGACUCAAUGUGUGGGAUGCAGCUGAGAUUGUAUUAAAAAAGCACAUGGCAGUCCUUACAGAGAUGUCGGAUUGCAUGCCUGAAAUCGAGGCUUUGGAACAGCAGAAUGCAGAACUCCGCAUGCUACUGCAACAAAACAACUCAUAAGCUCCCAGCAGUUUCUUGACGAGGUAGCCCGGCAUGCUGUAGAGGAAGAGGCCCAGCAUGACGAGCAGGAGCAGGGCCGACACGAUCUUGAUGAUGAGCCACUUGUAGCGGUUGCACACCAGGUAGCGGAUGGCUUUCAGCGGGCUCAGGAACCACAGGAAGGUGGUGUCUGGGCGGCUGGAUAAAGGGAACGAGAGGAGGAGGCUCUUACUGUGCGCCAUGUCGUUAACCAGCAUGACUCAAAAUGAUCGACAAAGGGCGGUAGGAAGCCAUUGUUAUGAAGUGAUGACACAGGUUAUCAUGCUAAGUCGAGGUUGAGUGCCAGUCAUUUGUACCGUGAUUUUAGAAUAAAGCGCACCAUUAUAAGCCGUCCAACUUCAUUUGUCUGCGCAUUUUAUUUUGUAUAUACUCUAUAUACUGUAAGUGCAUCUAUAAGCUACACAUUGAAACAUUCAAUAUUUACACAUACUCACAUAUGUGGAUAUGUGUAAAUAUUUAUAUUUAUUUAUAGCCCUAAAUAUGUAUAUUUAUGGCUAAUCUUUCCUGUGAUAAAGUGGCCACCAAGGUAAUCAAAAAAGUCAACCAA